GCGCAAAAGUAAAAAGCGACAAUAAAUCAAUAAUAAUGAAUUUAUCUUUUCUUGAACUCCCUCUUUUUUCUGACAUUGUUGUCCUGCAACGGAGGCGAUCCUUGAGGGUUAGGAUCUACUUCUCCUGCUGCCGCUCGACCUGCCGGAAAAGGGAUAGAUAGCGAAAGAAAGCGAUAGGUAACUAGGAACAGGGAAGAGGAGGAUCUGCAGGAUGUCUGCUCGGUCCCAGGUCACGAUUACACUGGGACGAAGUGGUCAGGUUGUGAAGAGAGCAAGAUCUGCAUCUGAUGGUAGACAUUCUGAUGAUGACUUGCCUGCUGUAGGUGGCAAGCGAUCAGUGAGAGAAAGGUUGGAAAGCAACAUAACCAAUUCCAAUUCAUAUGGCAGCCAUUACCAAGACAAACGUCAAAGGACAGGACACAAUGAAAGAUUCAUUGAUAGGAGUGUGAGGGGCAAGCAAAUAGAAUCUGAUGUUCCUUCAAAUGUUGGCAAAGAUGAUCUGAGAUGGAAGCUUAUAAAGAAAAGCUUAUCUCGGAGAGGGCAUCUUGUUACCGAAAGACGUGAUGUUGAUCUGCGUGAAAGGUUAUCUCGGAGUAUACAUAAUUCGAGCAGAUCUAAUGCUAGACAACAACCAAAAGAAUCAAGUGCCUCUAGCCUUGGGAGAAGAAUACCUUCUGCAAGAAGUGCAGAUGAUUUGCUCAAAUUGGAUUCACAUAGAAAGUCUUAUUCGGUAGCUUUGGAUAAGCCAAGGCAUAAUUCUCCAGAUAGGCUCAUCAGUGUUCCAAGGCAUAUGCCUCACUCAAGAAGAUAUGGGGACCUACACGAUGCACCAGGGAUUAUAUCUCUAGAUGCAUCUAGACCUAGUUAUUUGACAAAUACUCUAGUAGGUGAAGCUUCUAGAUCUGUUACUUAUAUGAGCAAGACUACCCCUGUAGAUGUAGCAAGGCCUGCAGUUCGAGCUCCUGCACCUGGCGUUAAUGUGCACAGAAGUGAACUUGGGCCUGGGGAACCUCUUACAGUUGGUGACCUGCUAACAUCACUGGGUCUGGGAAAAUAUGCUAUACUUUUUCAGGCAGAAGAGGUGGAUAUGACAGCAUUAAUGCAGAUGAGAGACAAUGAUCUUAAAGAGAUGGGAAUUCCUAUGGGUCCUCGCAAGAAAAUCUUACUCGCAGUUUUAUCUCAUACAAGACAGCGACGACAAUAACAACUACAGCGUUGAUGUAAAAGGGCAUCAGAGGCCAUCAACCAUGUUGUUUGUUAUGGCAGUUGAGCAUUAAGCUUUGGAAUUCUGAACUAUACUUAUUUUUUAAAUUCUCUGAAAUUAGUUCUUAACGGAUGAGAUUACUCAUCCAUCUUCAAUGGAAUUUCCGAGCUUGUUCAAAGUUGUAUUGAGCGUAGUAUGUACUAUGCAAGGUAAUUUUUUGUAUCUUAUAUAUCAAAAUUAUUUACCAGGGGAUUAGUGA